GGCUUUGUUGGCUUCCUUAAUAUCUGUUUGUGGUGCCUGUAACCCCAGAGCUCACAGUCUUCCAGGGUCAUGGUCCUUACAGUCAUGGCUUUUAAAUUUCUUCUCGUAACAGCCUUAGCCUUAUGUCAUGGAUUCAAUCUGGACACUGAAAACCCCAUGACCUUCCAAGAGAAGGCAAGAGGCUUCGGGCAGAGUGUGGUCCAGCUCAGUGACUCCAGAGUGGCUGUUGCAGCUCCCCAGGAGGCAAAGGACGUUAACCAAACAGGUGGCCUUUACCAGUGUGACUACAGCACCAGCAGGUGUGAGCCCAUUUCCCUGAAAGUGCCCCCAGAGGCUGUGAACAUGUCCUUGGGUUUGUCCCUGGCUACCUCUACAGACCCCUCCCAGCUGCUGGCCUGUGGCCCCACUGUGCAACAAACGUGCAAGGAGAACACCUAUGUGAAAGGGCUGUGCUUCCUGUUCAGCUCCAACCUGAUGCAGCCACCCCAGCAGUUCCCAGAGGCUCUCAGAGGGUACAUGGCGGCAUGCAGAUGGCAGGAGCAGGAUUUCAUGCAGCCUUUGACCUUGGGAGUUGGAGCCUGUGUGUGCUGGUACGCACCACCAAAUCUGGCUUCUUCACAGACAGGAAUCUCCCAGAGGUGUGUGAUCUUCCCCCAUCUCUUUCAGAUCGGCUCUUACUUUGGGGCCUCCCUCUGUUCCGUGGACAUGGAUGGUGAUGGCAAUACCAACUUGAUCCUCAUCGGGGCGCCUCAUUACUAUGAGCAGAAAGGAGGCCAGGUGUCAGUGUGUCCUUGCCUAGAGGGGUAAAGGGCUCGGUGGCGGUGUGAAGCCAUUCUCCACGGCGAGCAGGGCCAUCCCUGGGGUCGCUUCGGGGCAGCUUUGACGGUCCUGGGAGAUGUGAAUGGGGACAAGCUGACAGAUGUGGCCAUCGGGGCUCCAGGAGAGCAGGAGAACCAGGGAGCUGUCUACAUCUUUCACGGAGCAUCAACGGUCAGCAUCAGCACCCCUCACAGCCAGCGCAUCGCAGGUGCCGGCUUCUCCCCCAAACUCCAGUACUUCGGUCAGUCGCUGAGUGGAGGCAAGGACCUCACAAUGGACGGCCUGACAGACCUAGCUGUGGGGGCCCAGGGGCACCUCCUGCUGCUCAGAGCCCAACCCGUGUUAAGACUUGAGGCAACCAUGGAAUUCAUUCCCAAUAUUCUAGCAAGGAGUGUGUUUGAAUGUCAGAAUCAAGCAUCAAGAAACAAGGAUGCUGGGGAGGUCAGAGUCUGCCUCCGUGUCCGCAAGAGCACUAGGGAUCGGCUGCAAGAAGGAGAUAUCCGGAGCACUGUCACUUACGACCUGGCGUUAGACCCUGGACGCACACAGGCCCGUGUCCGUGCCAUCUUUGCAGAGACAAAGAACAACACUCGCCGGAGGGUCCAGGUCCUUGGCUUGGCACGGAAAUGUGAAACCCUGAAGCUGCAGUUACCGGUCUGUGUGGAGGACUCAGUGAGUCCCAUCGUCCUGCGCCUCAACUAUACGCUGGUGGGGGAGCCCUUGGGCUUCUCUAGGGAUCUCCGGCCCGUUCUGGCUGUAGAUGCUCAGAGGCUCUUCACAGCUAUGCUUCCCUUUGAGAAGAACUGUGGCAACGACAGCAUUUGCCAGGACGACCUCAGCAUCACUCUGAGUUCUGUGGGCUGGGACACUUUGGUGGUGGGAGACCCUCGGGACUUCAACCUGAGGGUGACAGUGAGAAAUGACGGUGAAGACUCCUACGGGACCACGGCUACCUUCUACUACCCGGCUGGCUUGUCUUACCGGAAGGUGUCAGCGAGUCAGAACCCGCUUACCCAGAAGCCUUGGCGUGUGGCAGCUGAGCCCAGCUCCUCCACUGAAGGGCACCGGGCUCUGAAAAGUACCACCUGGAACAUAAAUGCCCCCAUCUUUCCUGCUAACUCCGAGGUCACCUUCACUGUCACGUUUGAUGUGGACUCCGAUGCUUCCCUUGGGAACAAACUGCUCCUCAAGGCCAACGUGACCAGUGAGAACAACAUGUCCAGGACCCACAAAAUGGAGGCUCAGUUGGAGUUGCCUGUGAAGUAUGCUGUCUACAUGGUUGUCACCAGUGAUGAGAGUUCUACCAAAUACCUCAACUUCACAGCUUCAGAGAUGAUCAGUCAGGACAUACAGCAUCAGUACCAGUUCAACAACCUGGGUCAGAGGAGCCUCCCCAUCAGUGUGGUCUUCUGGAUCCCCGUCCAGCUGAACAAGGUGACCAUAUGGGAUCAUCCCCAGGUCAUCUUCUCCCAGAACCUCUCAAGUGCCUGUCACACCGAGCAGAAAUCCCCCCUUCACUCCCAGUUCCAGGAUGAGCUUGAGAAGACCCCAGUGCUUAACUGCUCUGUUGCGGUCUGUAAGAGAAUCCAGUGUGACCUCCCAUCCUUCAACACUCAGGAAAUGUUCAAUGUCACCCUCAAGGGCAAACUGUCAUUUGACUGGUAUAUCAAGACUUCUCAUAAACACCUCCUGCUUGUGAGCACCGCUGAGAUUGUGUUUAAUGACUCUGUGUUUGCCCUACUCCCAGGGCAGGGGAUGUUUGUGAAGUCCCAGACGCAGACCAAAGUAGAACCAUAUGAAGUUCACAACCCUGUUCCACUCAUUGUGGGCAGCUCCAUUGGGGGACUGGUUCUUUUGGCUCUCAUUACUGCCGGCCUGUACAAGUUUGGCUUCUUCAAGCGGCAAUACAAGGACAUGAUGAACGAAGCUGCUCCCCAAGAAGCCCCGCCUCAGUAAAGGCCCUUUCUCCACGGAGCGACCUCUGCAAUAGCCAGCAGGUCUGGUCAGACCAACACCCAGGUCCCACGGCUGAUGGACAGACAUACCCUCUAGGGGACUGUUGCAGUGUGUCUUAUACAGGAAUGGUUUGGGACGUGUGUGUGUGUGUAUGUGUGUGUGUGUGUGUGUGUGUGUGUGGUGGGGCUCAGACAUGUCUUGCACGUGGGCAAGGCCUUGAAUCCAUCCUCUCGGAGGGAAAGGAAUCUUUUGGGUUUCCCACUGUGUAAGGGCAAACGCUAAUGGACUUUUCUCUGGGCAAGACGAUGGGACUUCGUGGGCAAGCAUAGUGACGAGAUGCUGUGGCUGUCCUCUCUGGAGGAAGUAGUAUUUCCCUGCAUGGAUGAACUGCAGACUUGCAAGAGUCCAGGUACUGAGAAUACAUGAGAAGCUGGACUUGGACUAGAGAAUGGGUGGCCCAACAAAAAUGUCCAGUGAAGAAUGAGAGAUCUCCCAGGGACUGGAGAGAUGACUUAGUGGUUAAGGGCACUUGUUGCUCAUGCAGAGGACUGGGUUCAAUUCCCAGUAACCAAUAGCAGCUCUUAACAAUCUGUCACUCCAAACCCAGGAAGUCUGAGAGAUCUCCCACUACCUAGUUAUUUAUUGUUUUAACAUUAAUUUAGAUAUUUAAAUUGAUUAACCUGUCCACAGUACAAAAAAUUGAAAGACAUUUGAGAAUGUAUGGCAAAGGCUGGGGAUGGCAGAGAUCACACCUGGUCUAAGGCCUUGGGCUCAGCUUACAGCACUGAGGACCAAGGCAAAGCAAAAACCAAUCUAAAAAGUGUAUCAUGAAAGACUCCUUUCUCAGGGGUAUUCAAGGCUGUAUGGUUAGAACCUACUUCAGAAAGAUUGUAGGUAUCUGUACACACACACUUGCGUGCACGCGCGCACACACACACAGAGUUUUAAACAAACGGUAACAUAAUUUUGUACUAUUAUGCAUCUUGUCUUUUUAUUAAUAUGCUCAAAUAAUUUUAUAAGCUAUAAAAUACCGUAGCUGCAGAGUACAGUACUCCCCCAUGUGACUAUAUCAAUGUAUUUAACCUGUCUCCUUUGCAUAUAUUAUUUCCAACUUCUUGCUAUCCCAAACAAUGCUGAAUUAAUAAAUUGUACAUAUCUAAGUUUUACAUA